AGGCCCUCUACCCCAUUACACUAUUCUGAAAAUUGAUAUAGCUAGCCCUUUCCCCUCCGUUACCCUGAUUUCUGUGCAAACAUUGUAUCUCCAUUUGAUUUCGAAUAAUUUGCUUUGAUGUUUUUAGAGUCUGUCUCCAGCAAAGAACUGAGUGAUAGAUCUAUAGCAGAUAAUUUUGAAUUUGUGUUUUUUAGUGAUUCUUUCACGCAGCGGCUGCCACUUUGUGGUUACUUAUAUUUUACUUGCCGUUGCCGCCUGCGACAGUGGACUGAGCGUUGCUAGCUUCUCGUUCUACUUUAAGCAUCUGAACUUCGAGGUAGAUUCUGUCGGUGAUAAAAAGCCACCUAUUAAAUGUAGUAGCAAAAAGAUACCCCGCGUCCAAAGUCACGGUCGUUUUGUGCUUUCUCUGUCGGGAUUCUUGACCAGACAUAUUGGGAUCAAAAGAAAGUGCGCAUUUCUAAACCAAGAGAAGUGCGAACAUGACCAACGUUGCUGCUGAAGCUACAAGUGGUGGUCCUGAGGCGAAGGAAGACGGUUCGGACCCGCUUGCGUCGGGAAGUGGUGCUUCGGACGACAAUGGAGGCUCUGGUGGGGCUGGUUCUGGAUCGGAAGGCAGCGAUGCCAGUGGUGCAGGGGACUUUCUGGCUCGGAUGGAAGCUGCGGCUGCUGCCGAAGAACAACGCAUGAAGGUCGAAGAGGAGGCCGCCGCUCCGCGGCCGCCUACUCCGGAGGAGCUUCCAAAAGUACCACCUCCGAAAUUGUCGGCGCUGCAGCGCGGACUCGUACGGACGUUUCCGCCGCGCUACCUGGUGCAUUUGGGACUGGUACCCAAGGAAUACUGGACGGCACAGGGAAUCGAUUUGAGAGACGAGAGCGAAAAAUUCAGGGAUCGGAUGGACCCAGAUGAACACGCGUAUAUGGAUUACACUGUGGGGGACCCGGUUCUGGUCUUCAAACCGAGCAAGCCUAAGCCUGAUAAACAAGACGUUAAGCCUGAGCAAGAGCAAGUAGAGGAAGUGUUAAUCAUACCAGAGGAUGCUGCGAAGCUUGCAAGAACAGAUGGAACAGUACCGAACCAGACGAGUGCAGGGAACGCCAUUUCACCGAUAUCACACAGCGACAACAAUAGCGGACAAGUGAUGAAGACUACGGGCUCUUCAUGGGCAAAUUUGAAAAUGAAUUAUGCGAGCCUUGUACCCAAACGAGAGGGCGGUGGUAAUUUGACGCCCAGAAAAAAUACUCCAGUGCCCUUGUCCACCUUGUCCGUGAAUGGUGUGCUAAAACAAGGUCGCUGGAUUAAGGGUCGUGUUAUUGAGGAGCGUGGACAACAUCAGCUCUUGAUCGCUCUGGGGCAUCGCCGAAUCGAGCCGCGACCCUCGGCGCGUCGACACCAGCGUGUGGCCGACGGCAACCUGAAAUUGAUCGAACGGUACUCGCGGUACUUGCGACCACGUGACGAGACGGGAUCCGUGGAGGAGCGUUGUGAGGACGACCCGGCGAUUCGCCAGAAGUGGCGGCUGGCGUGCCACGGCGUUGGUUACGACGAGGAAGAACGCGAGAAGGACCGAGGCGGCGUGGUGCUCUCGAGGUGGUUGCGUCAAAAGGCACUCUUGAGCGGGGGUGGAGAUGCGGACGAAACCGGAGAGCACGAUGAUGAGUGGGAGGAGGAUGACUUGGACGAAACGGGGGCGCCUCCGACUAUGGCUGCUACAAGAACACGCGGUGUCAUGGAAGUUCGGGCACGAGGCGAAGAGUUCUCCGUAGCUUUGCCCCAGAACGUUUUUGCCCCUGCUGUGGUGUUCUCGAAACAAGCAGUGGAGGAAAAAAAUGCUCAAAUGUACCAGGGAAGGCGUCAAGGUUCGGACGGUGCGAAGGGUGCUGUGGUGUCGACAGCGCAACAGGCAGCGACGCAUCUUCAAAUGGCGGGAAAGAAUGACGCAGCCGUGUCCACAAAAUUGCAAGCUCUAGCCGUGGAGGCGUUUUCAUCCACGAAAGCGACAGAGGACACGGUGCUAAACCUACUUCCCGCGAACCAGCGACAUUCGUUUUCGCAUGUUGUGGCGUUGCACCGCAAAGAGCUGCGAGACUUGGCAAGGGAACGGCGUGGUCAAAAAUUCGCUCAAGAAUUAGAGGCCAAGAAAGCGGCUGCGGCGGCAGCAGAACCUCCUAAAGUGUUGAGCAUCGGAGACGCUGCAGAUCCUAACGCAGAAGGAGAGGAAGGAGCUGACGGGACGGCAGAAGAUGCUCCUCCUGGUGAGGGGGCUGCGCCUAAGGCAGCUCCUGAACAGUCUGGUGAAGUUCGGCCCGCAACUGACCAAGGCCCCCAUCCAGUAGCUGAUGGAGUCGCAGCACCGAAAGCGGAUAACGAAAAUGGUGAAGCGCCUGCGACUCAACUAGCGGUUGUCGGCGGAGACCAGCAGCAGACUUCCAGUACCGCACUGGCAGUGCUUGGGGAGAGUCGAGGCUCAGAUUCACAGAGGCAGCAAGCAGUGACAGAGCAGCAAAUGCAAGUUCUAAAAAAGCGCGGGCGCAGUCUCCGGAGCGGUAGCGUAAAGUUGGCCACUGAUGGAGCCCCAACGCAAUUGGAGAGCAUCGGUGAAGAGAAAGUCGUGUAUGCCCACUUCAAAGUCGAGCCAACAGUUAAGAAUCUCCAAUUAUUAUCAUGAGGAUUCUUUUCAUCUCGUGCAAAUAAGAUUCUUGACUAUCUAAGGAUCAAAAGCUUACUAGAAUGAUGAAAAUUUUGUAGUGGAGUACAUUCGGUAGAGGAAUUGUACUCUGCGACUUUGCGGAUUCUCUAUUUUCAAGGAUCGGUGCGUGUGCAGAGAAAAUAAUUUUGUACCUUAGCAUUUGACGUUCUCGUUCUAAGAGUGAGAUUACGCUGACGCAGGAGGCGACAGAGUUUCGGGAUUACGUGGUGGACGUGUCGAAAAAGGUCGCUGACGUGACCGGAUCUGCUACGAAGUUGACUUUGAGGACUAGUUCCAGAAUUGCGCUUGACAUGACCCGCAGCAGCGCAAAAGCCGCCCGCGAAGCCACGCGGACCAAACUUCCCGAAGCGAAUAACGCAGAGCCAGCAGUGGAGGUGCAGGGAAUUACCGACUUUGUGCACCCCAUCUUUACGAAGAAAGAUGACAGCGAGGAUGAGGGCGACGAAGAAAUGGCCCAGAUGUUGGGUGUCACAGAGGACGACAUGGGGAAAUUGCCUCCUUUGAAUUGUCUAGACACUCGGAUCGUGACGAAGCCAGAACCAGAUAAAGCCUGGUUCGACCGGUACUCGGAAAGCUUCCGCUAUGACGCUCGCGUACAAUUUAGAGACGACAAGUGGGCCAGGGAGCACAAACUCGGAUAUCGACCGCCAGUGUAUUCUUUUUUUGUGUGCUAGAGGCAGUUGUGGUGCUAAAAAUAUCUGCCAUGACGGCCGCCAACCUUUUGAGAACUUACUGAAUAUCUAAUGAAUGUUCCUGCUGAAUUUCGCCCUUACUCCUGUCGAUUUACUUUCUAUUAAAGAAACUGUCAGCUUUCCGGUUCUUAGAGCCUGCCAGCCAGAAGAGCCUCCACCGCUAGAAUGAAUUUUCAAUCCCCAAUAAAUUUACAGGGGCGAGUACCACUUAUCGCAGCUGGAUGGCCAACCGCAGAACGAGGAGGAAGAGAAUGUCGUAGAACAGCUGAAGCAUGUGGAGCGAGCUAACGGGCUACGGUUCAACGAAAACCAGCAUACGGAAAUUUAUGAAUCGUAAUUGACGGACGUUUGUUGGUACUUAGAUAGUGUGAUGAAUAGGAUGACUACAACUUGAUUUUUCCUGAAUGAAUGCAGCGGACUACUACAGUUACACUAAAAUUCGCGGGGUGCGCAAUACUCGAUUUCUGAUUUAAUGUGAAAUGCAAGUUGCAUUCGGUACAUCAUCCACUAUGAUCGUGCGACACGAGAGACCAUGAAAAUACUCUUCUUCUAAUCACUGCGCUUCGAUUACGACAAGAUGAUGUGGUUUGCGUCGCCGAAGAAGAAAGAGCUGAAACCGCUUGAGAUUCCCAAGGAGUACCUUGUAAUAACCGGAAAAGCCAAGCCUUCUGAGGAGAUUAAGCUAGCUUGAGGGAAGAAGUGUUGCUUUAGUCAUUAUGAGACUAUGAUCGCGCUACAAGAAGUACAUGUGGUGCGCGAGCACCGAUGUUCAAUAUUGUUGAACCUGAGUACCUAUGGGACAUGCUGACCACCGUGUGACAGGAUUGUCAUUCGUUAGUUUGAUGUUGCAUGCUAUUGGUAUCUGCUUUCGCCUGGUGGCGUAGAAGCAGAUCAAGAAUGGAAUGGUAUCCAUGCAGGAGCAGUCGGGCAGGAAGUACUUUGAAAUACCAAAUGACGCUGAAAAUAUGAUGACCGAUUGAUUGCUAUUAAGUGACUCUUGACAAAAUAUGGUUUUUCGGCCUCGUCGCGCGCAC